AUGACAACCACAACUAGCCUUUGGCAACCAGAUACCGAAUCCAACAACUUUAGCUUGUCCCAAUUCUGGGUGGUGCAUUUAGCUGGACAAACAAAAACUACACUCGAAGCUGGAUGGCAGGUGUUUCCAUCGAUGUAUGGGAAUAACGAGCCUCAUCUGUUCGUUUACUGGACAGCAGAUGAUUACCAGGACACUGGAUGCUACAAUCUGGAGUGCCCCGGUUUUGUACAAGUGAGCAACAAGAUUGUCCCAGGGGCUACUCUAAGGCCAGCUUCUCAACGCGGAGGACCUCAGACAUUACUUGGCUUCCUCGUUUACCAGGACCCCGAGACGACGAACUGGUGGCUUCGAGUGGAGGACGAGUACGUUGGCUACUGGCCGGGCUCGGUGGUUCCGAAUCUCGCCAAUGGUGCCACACAUGUAGACUUUGGCGGAGAAGUUUUCUACCACAAAGGUAGCGAGCACACGACAACGCAGAUGGGAAGUGGCGAGUUCCCAGAGGCCGGGUUUAAAAACGCAGCCUAUCACCGAGACAUGUACCAUGUUCUCCUCGGUAACGAUCACGCUUUGCACUACACGCUGUUGGCUCUCAACGAGUGGGACCAGCGCUGA